AUGUCCACCGCGACGUCGAUCUCCCCCGCGCGGUUCGAGGACGAGGUGAAGGAUGCGGCGAAGAAGCCGCGAAAACCGUACGUGCGCGCGAACGCGCCGACGACGUGGACGGCGAACGAACACGAGCGAUUCGUCGAGGCGAUUCGUCUCCAUCAGCGCGAUUGGCGCGCCGUCACCGCGCACGUGCGGACGAAGACCCCGACGCAGAUUCGCUCGCACGCGCAAAAGUAUUUCGCCAAACUCCGACGGGACGCCUCGGGCGAGGCGCCGCCGAGGACGCGCGGACGUCGAGUGGACCUGUCGCGCUUGGCGGUGAAACUACACGCGGACGCGCGCGGACGCACCGAGGCGAUGCGCGUGCGCGUCGAACGAACGAGCGACGGGUCGUUCGUCGAUCGCGCGCGCGGGGCGUACCGACGCGCGGCGCGCGAUCGAGCCGAGACGCCGAAUCUCUCCGCGGUGUACGGCUUUCUCGCCGCCUUCUUCGACGUCGAUCCGACGACGUGCGACGACGAUAAUCGUCGACGAGCGCACGCCGAGGCGAGCGCGCGACUGGACGCGUUGCGCGCGCGCGACCGCGGCGCCGCGCUCGAUGUUUUGGCCAACCUGCGACGGAUUCGAGAAUCCUCGGCGUCGCGGAGCGCCACGGACGCCAUGGUGGCUGUGAAUCUCCACGCCGCCGUCGCCGCGGUCGACGCCGAGCGCGCGUGCGAGGAUGAGGAAGGUAGUUCGGGCGCCAUUCUUUCGGGCGACGACGCGGACGUCGCGGACGUCGCGGCGAACGCGCGUCUCCGCGACGAUCCCACCGCCAAGGACGUGCACGCGCGUUCACCGUGA